UCUGUUCCACCGGAUUCUGUACUGUUGUCAUUUUCCUUAGAACGGGUCCGAAACGAAAUAGAUGGUACAAAUGACCCCCCCCCCAUUGUUUUUGGUGCCUCGUUGCUAGAUCUUUCGGGUUAUCUGGUUUUCUGUGCCCAGAUAAUGUGUUCUGGGCUGUUUAGACAUUUUCACUAAUUACAAUAUCCCGCAAAUGAGUGAAUUGCCAUUAUAACGAGGGGAAAACGUGAACAGAAGACAGUUGCCAUCGGUGGUGGAAUAAUAUGAGUCGUUUGGAUGAUCCACCGAGUCUGUUGAAAGGCCGAAAGCCAUCAUACAUUGCGAUGAACGGUGUACCAGAAACUGACGAUCAGCAGCGUUUGCGUUUUCAAGUGGAACUCGAAUUUGUUCAGUGUUUGGCAAAUCCUAAUUAUUUGAACUUUCUAGCCCAACGUGGUUACUUCAAGGACUCAACAUUCAUAAACUACCUCAAGUACCUCCUCUACUGGAAAGAACCCGAGUAUGCAAAGUACUUAAAAUACCCAAUGUGUCUCUACUUCCUGGAUCUCCUCCAGUACGAGCACUUCAGGCGUGAAGUAGUGAAUUCCCAGUGUACAAAAUUCAUCGACGACCAGCAGAUUCUCCUCUGGCAGCACUACACUCGUCGUAGAACGAGAUUACUCCAGCAGGCAGCUGAGCAAACGCCCCAGCACGUAAAUCCCCAGAACAAUGGAAUUGCUCAACCUAAAGUUCCCUGAUAAACAAAAACGCCAAACUCAAGUGAAUGACGCUCGCCAAGCACCCGCAUUACUUCACCUCCUGUAUCUUACUGCCCCAGAGACAAUUCUCCUUCCUCCGAACAUAUUCAUACAGUUGGAUCGAGCGGUUUAGCUGUGAUAGAUCUCAAGUAAAAUGGUUUUAUAUUUAUCACGUAAUAAAUAUUUCUCCUCAUUUUA